ACCCGUGAGAGGGGGGAGCCGAGAGUUAGACGAAGAGCUUUCGCCAAUAUCACAUCGCCAUUUAGUCGUUAGAUAACCAUUGUAGUUGUCAGUUUAGGAUAGUCUUGCAAUUUCAACGCUUUUAUUAAAUAUAUGCUAAAUAUUGGCCGCCUAACGGAUCAUUUUCAUAAAAGCAUAGUUGUCCCACCCCUAAAUCGUAGUAAAGUAACGUUAUCCGUGUCUCUUGAUUGACGGGUCCAUAUUUUUUGUAGGAUUUCUUUGCCUUGAAAGAACCGUAAAAAAAAAGAAGCUCUGUAAAAUUGAAGAACGGUCAGCGAAAAAUAACGGAGGUGGAGGAAAUUGAAAUAUCAAGAAAGACUGUUGGGAGCAAGUGUGAAAACAAGAAAUCACUGAAAAAGAUACAAGAGUUGUGUAUCAUUUGCAUAUUUUUUAGACGUCCUUAUUUUGUCAGAAUUAUUUUUGUUGACUUAGGGACGUGAACAAGUGACGCCAUGACAACGGAGAUGCAGGAGAUUGCCAUCACAGAGGAAAAACCUUUACUUCCUGGUCAGCCCGAUCCUGCAAAGGAUGCUGAGGCUGCAGCUCGGAUACUGUUGGACCAGGGCCAGGAACACAGUAUUGAGACUCCACAUGGUCUCCUCCACGUGACUCUCCAUGGAACCUCCAACACACGCCGCCCCGCCAUCCUGACCUUCCACGACGUGGGCCUGGACAGUAAAAGCUGCUUCUCUCCUCUGUUUAAGUUUGAGGAGAUGCAGGAGAUAGUGAAGAACUUUACCCUGGUCCACAUCGAUGCACCUGGCCAAGAGGAGGGGGCCACCGCCUAUCCUAUGGGAUACCAAUAUCCGUCCAUGGAGCAAAUUGCAGAGAUGAUCCCUGCUGUCCUGACAUAUUUCAAUUUCCGUACUGUCAUCGGAGUUGGAGUGGGAGCUGGUUCUUACAUUCUCUCCAGGUUCACAAUGGCCCAUCCAGACUCAGUUGAAGGUCUGGUUCUCAUCAACAUCGACCCUGAGACCAGAGGAUGGAUGGACUGGGCGGCCCAGAAGAUCACUACCCUGACCUCCUCCCUCACAGAGCAGAUCCUGAGUCAUCUCUUCAGUCAGGAGGAGAUGUCAGCAAAUGCAGACCUGGUGAAGUCACACAGAGAUCGCAUCUCUAAAGCCCCCAACCUCAUCAACAUUGAGCUCUUCUGGAGAAGCUACAACAGCCGCAGGGAUCUGAUCAUUGACCGUAACAGCAACUUCAAGUGUCCCGUGAUGCUGGUGGUUGGGGAUCAGGCACCUCAUGAGGAGGCUGCUGUGGAGUGCAACAGUAAACUGGACCCAACAACAACCUCGUUCCUCAAGAUGGCCGAUGCUGGUGGUCUUCCCCAACUCACCCAGCCCAGCAAACUGACCGAGGCGUUCAAGUACUUCAUCCAGGGGAUGGGCUACAUGGCAUCGUCCAUUAUGACCCGUCUGUCUCGUUCGCGCACCGCCUCACUGUCUUCCUCCUACUCCAUGGAGGGGGAGCGUGAGCGUUCUCGCACCCUGUCUCAGAGCUCUCAGGGCGGGCAGAUGCCCCCCAGCCCCUCCCAUACCAUGGAGGUGUCCUGCUGAAGAGAGAGAGAGACAGAGAGACAGAGAGACAGAGAGAGAGAGAGAGAGAGAUGGAGAGAGAGAGAGAUGGAGAGAGAGAUGGAUGGAUGGAGAGCUAGAUGUAUGGGUGGUGGGUGAGAGUGGGAUGAUAGCAUUUGUCACUAAACCUCUCCCGCAUCUCUUAACCCUGUCAUUCCCCCAGACCAGCUAACAGAGAAAGAAAGAGAGAGAGAAAGAGAGAGAGAGAGAGAAAGAUAUGGGAAAGUAGAUGUAAAAAAAAAGUAGAGGGACAGAGGGAAAAUGAAAGACAGAGUUACUAAAACACUGUCCUCCCACAAUUCAUCUCAUUCUAAAACAUUGUCCUCCCACAAUUCAUCUCAUUCUAAAACACUGUCCUCUCACAAUGAAUCUCAACCUCAUCUAUUCAUCUCUUCAGAGAGAGAGAGAGAGACAGAGAGAGAUCUUCACCCAGACAGCGAAGGAUAGAGGGAAUGGAUAAAUGAAAAUAGGGAACGGAAGAAAGGUAGAAUUUAGGAAUGAGGGAAUAUAGACAAAAAGGGUGGCAAGGAAAGAGCAUUUUAGGGGCGUCGGCCAGUCCUCUCUCCCUCCCUCUAUCGGAAAGUAUGUCAGCCAAUAGAACCCUUUAACCUAUGGAGUGGGAGGGGUCUGUAGUGACCUCACCGUAGUGUUAACCAAUAGUAAUAAUUAGGAUAAUGAGAAAUAUGACUAUGAUAUUAAUGCUAUUAAUAAUUACAAUGACUGAUGUAAUAGUAAAGUUAUAACAAUGUUUCUCUUUAAUUUUAAAGUUUGAAAUAUUAUGAAAUGGAAGAAAAAAAGACAAUAGCAGAAAUAGUUAUAAUGAAAAUGUAUCUGUCAACUCCUUUAAUCAAUUUAUUAAGAUUUGUUUGUAUUGUUGCUUUUUGUUACCUGCCUCAGUGAAGGGGUGAGGCUUCUCAUUGGUCAUGUGAUCCUUAACCAUAGCAACAGCCAAUGGAAAUCUACUUCCUCCUCGCUGUUGCCGGGUAGAUCAUGUCUUCCAUUAGCCCUGUUCAAGUGACUGUAAUUGUUGUUCCCAUGAGGGGAUUGGGGUGGGCAGGUAGGGUGUGUGUGGUUGUUUGACUGUGUGGAGCAUCUGCAUGCCUGAUCUGAUUUCAGCCAAUGUGAUUAUAGACAGAAUGUUUCCUUUUCUUUUUUAUACAAAUAUGGGUUUGUUGGUGUGUGUGUGCAUGUGUGUUUGUGAUGAACUUAUGGACGAAGAUUAGCAGAUAAUGAUGAUGAGGAUGGAUGAAGAAGAGUGACAUUGUUAGUGAGUUAACUCCUACACUAGUAAAUCAGUAACAAGUGCUUCCAAUGCUGCUGGCAGUCCCAGUCUCGACCAGCAGGGGUCACUGUGUUUGUCCUAUAGGCUUUAUGACGACGUACAUACAUGUACCUGCAUGCUCUGGAGUGAAGUUCCCCUCUAGCUACAGGUCUAGGAUAAGCUUCCCCUCCACCAAUCCUACCCUUAACCAUUAGUGAAGAAAAUGCUCAACUGACCCAAGAUCAGCAUCUAUGGGGCAACUUCACCCUACUCCAGCCUACAUAUACCUCACUACUAACAUACUUUAGUCUUCAUCAAAGAGAUAAGAUAGCUAAUACCUUCUUGAACAAGCAUACUGUACAUGUUUUAUGAUAGCUAGAUUUAGGCAUUGCAUAGCCCUAUAGUGAUGCACUGAUCAUGACUGACAGCUGAGAGCACCAAUACCAUGUCUGUCUUUGACUGACAGCUGAGAGAACCAAUAGCAUGUCUGCCUGUUUGACUGACAGCUGAGAGAACCAAUACCAUGUCUGUCUGUUUGACUGACCGCUGAGAGAACCAAUAGCAUGUCUCUCUGAAGUCAGGAGAUAUGUGGAGUGGACAGUACUGGACUAGAGUAUAGAGGUAUCCUUAUAGAGUAGGGAGUGUGAAUAAGGCAUUAUUGUGUGACUCUUUGUGUAUGUUUGUGUGUGCCUGGGUGUUUGUGCGCGUUUGUGACUGUGUUUAUGUGCCGUGCAAGUGUGUAUUUGGAAGCUCUCAUACUUUCUAAGCACAAUUUAAGAGGCGAGAUGAGGAAAGGAUAGAAUCCAUCCCAUUGGACCUUCUUAUAAAUCGACAAUGAACCAGCCCCUACACUGCCAACACCCUAACCCUAAACAAUACACCCUAACCCUAAACCUAGAGGGUGACUAUCCACACUCAUCAAGUCAUACUAUAGGAACUCUUCUCUGUGUGAAUAACAGUUAGAGCAGGUAGAAGUGUUGUAGGCUUGUCAUAUACUCAAAGUCAAAGCUAAUAACACUUUUAUAGGAUUGUAAUACACUUUCAGUGAAAACUGAAUUUUAAAUUGUCAAUGUGAUAUACAUAUAGUAAAAGGUUGUUGACUAAAAGACUUGCGAUAGAAGUACAUCCAUGUGAAGCUCAACACUGCCCUGAUCCUAAUCAAUGGACUGAACAUACUGUUAUAUGACCCAAUUACAGAAUACACUUGGAGAGCUGUGUGUAUGUUUUCGAGUGUGUGAAUGUAUGUGUGUGUUUGGUUUCUGUAGUUGCGUGGAAUCAUUAAUCUGGCGUAUAUCGCAUUUAAAAAGUAUUACAUUUUUACAAUCACCGGUUUGCUCGUUUCUUUCCUAUUCUCUUUAGAGUUCCUCCCCCUUCCUCACUUUUUAAAGUAGCCUGGUUGGAUGAUUGUUAAUGAAGAUACUGAGGAUAGGUCGGUUGAGAAGGGUAUUUUGAUGAUGGUGGUGGAGAUGAUGUUCCUAGAUAAUAAUAGGAACGUUAUGUUGAUGAUGAAUUAGGCUCCUCCUAGUCUUGCAUUGAGAAUCAACCAAUCUGGAAUGGGAGCCUCUGCCAAAAAUGGGGAAAUGGGUGGAGCCUAAUAGUUGACCAAAAAAGGGAAAAGGGGGGCUUACUGUUUGAGUUGAGUGGGCUAGGGUUGUGUGAAUGUACGCUGGUCAAUUUCUUCUUUUUUGUUUUGACUCUCAUUUUUCCUUCAAUCAUACUCUUUUAUUUUCCUCUUUCAUUGUUGACAAUUAAGUUUUAUUAUGUGAAGUGUUAGUUUACCGCCUCAGUGUGCUCAAAAGUUAGAAAACAGUGUGUUAGUUCUUGUGUAACUUUUUUAGCAACAGCACUAAACAAAUGGGAGAAUAAUAUAAAUAAUUAACAUGAAAAAUGAAAGAAUAACAGAAUACAAUCAAAUUUACUUGUGUGGCUAAUUUGUCUGUGUAAUAAAAUGAACAACCUAAAAAAAUUAAUGAGUAGUAAUAAAAGAUAAGAAUAAAUCUUGA